GCCCGGGGUGAGCUUAUUCCCCGCCAUGGAGACCCAGAGAGCCCAGUCCUCGUACAGGAAGCGCUUCGGGCCUCAGGGCUCCGGCGGCUCCGCAGCCCGGAUGGGCAGUUUGUCGUCCAGCCGCCUCUCCUGGCACGGCACCCCCCGAAACAUCCCCCACUCCAGCCCCAUGUCCCGGCUCUCCCUGGGCUCGGCCGGCUCGGCCCUGCUGCUGGGCAGCCCCGUGGACCGCCUGGACUUCUCGGCCGACUCCCUGAUGAAGGCCCAGUUCAAGGAGACGCGCACCAACGAGAAGAUGGAGAUGAUGGGCCUGAACGACCGCUUCGCCAGCUACAUCGAGAAGGUGCGGCUGCUGGAGCAGCAGAACAAGCUGCUGGUGGCGGAGCUCAACCAGCUGAGGGGGAAGGAGCCCAGCCGCCUGGGGGACGUCUACCAGGAGGAGCUCCGGGAGCUCCGGAGGCAGGUGGACGGGCUCACCUCCGGCAAGGCGCGGCUGGAGAUGGAGAGGGACAACCUGGCCGCAGACGUGGCCACCCUCAGGCAGAGAUUGCAGGAGGAGAUGGGCCUCCGCCAAGACGCCGAGGGCAGCCUAAACACCUACAGACAGGAUGUGGAUGAAGCAUCUCUAAACCGGGUCCAACUGGAAAGGAAGAUUGAAGCUUUGCAGGAUGAGAUCAACUUCCUGAAAAAGAUUCAUGAAGAGGAACUGCGUGAGUUCCACGAGCAGCUCAUGGCCCAGCAGGUCCAUGUGGAUUUGGACGUGUCCAAACCGGACUUAACUGCAGCUCUGAGAGAUAUCAGGGUUCAGUAUGAAACCAUGGCCAGUUCAAACAUGCAGGAGACCGAGGACUGGUACAGAUCCAAGUUUGCUGAUCUGACUGAUGCAGCCAACAGGAACGCUGAAGCCCUGCGCCAGGCCAAGCAGGAGGCCAACGAAUACCGCCGGCAGAUCCAAGUGUUGAACUGUGACCUGGAUGCUCUCCGAGGCACCAACGAGUCCCUCGAACGCCAACUGCGGGAGCUGGAGGACCGCUGUGCCAUGGAAACAGCCGGUUACCAAGAUACGGUGGGCCGCCUGGAGGAAGAGAUCCAGGCCCUGAAAGAGGAGAUGGCCAGGCAUCUGCAGGAGUACCAGGACCUGCUCAAUGUCAAACUGGCUCUGGAUAUCGAGAUAGCCACCUACAGGAAGCUGCUGGAGGGAGAGGAGAGCAGGAUCACCAUUCCAGUUCAGAGCUUUUCCAACCUGCAGUUCAGAGAAACUAAUUUGGACACUAAACCCCCCGAGGCCCACGUGAAGAGGAGCAUCCUGGUGCGGACAGUGGAGACCAGAGACGGGGAGAUCAUUAAGGAAUCGACUACCGAGCACAAAGAUCUCCCCUGAAAUUUCAGGCGCAGCUUUCCUUUCCAUUCUGCAGACUGUUAAUGCUCAAUAUUGACUUCUGUUCCUGUUUGUUUUUUUUGUUUCUUUCAAAAUCCCAGUACUGUCAUUAUUCAUUUCAUAAUCACAUAAUUGACUGUUUCAUCAUUGUUCCUCAUCUUCUGUCCUUUUUAUCAUUUUAACUGCCUUUCAGACAUUGCAUAACCAUCAAAAGUCCUUAAUAACUAAAGACACACACCUUGGAGUUGCUCUCCAGUCUAAAUGAACUGUAGCCUGUUCCACUGAGAGGAAAAAUAAACUGUGAAUGACUUUUUCUGUUUUUCAUUUUGACUUUAGUAGGCCGAUCAGAUUUGUAGCGUUGAUUUCAACUAGCUGCCGUAGAGAAGAAGCCUUGAAAAGUAGCGAUCGAGUCCGUCUAAAUUUGUAGCAUUGUGGAGGUUGAUGAAAUGUUAUGUGUAUGUGACGUGUGGAAAAAGAAGGGCAGGAGAGGAUCUGGGUUUAGGUCAACAUUGGAUUUAGGAAAGAAAUGAGAGAUAUGUGUAUGUCACAGCAGCUUUCUGCAGAAUGACCGAUAAACUCUUUGUCUGGUGCUUUUAUUUCCCUCUUCUUUUGUGGGAGCUUUGUGUGCUUCCUGUUUAUAAAUGUGUCUGUACCACCGAAGAAGCCCAGAGUUACGCAGACAGUCUGCUUUCUGACACUUGAGCCUGAGCAUAUUAAUUUUCCUCAUCUCUAACGUCUGUAGGUCGUGACUAAGUCUUCUGUGAUCCCGCUAAUACCUGAACGUGGUGAGCAGAGGGAGGUCAGGUUUAAAACCAGCCAAAACAAAGAAGUCAAUCCCUGCUUAAACCCUUAAAAGUUCCCCCUCACAUUCCCACCUGUCUGGAUGCUGUCACUGCCAGCAUUCUCCAUCAAAUCCUCCUGAUUUCUGGCUCCUGUAUCGGCGCAGGUCCACUUCCCGGGCAGAGAUAAUGAGCACAGACGGGGUCAGCGUGAGGAGGUGAGAUCUGUUGCCACCUUUGUCCGUCCAGCCGCUCUGGUCCAGAAGUGUCAGCCAUCUUGAUGUCACAAAGAGAGGCCAAAGCCAGGGGAGAGCUGUUUUUAUUUAAUUAAAGGGGAGGACAGUUGGAAAAGGGGGCUGCGGGGAUGGACACAUGUGACAGCGGAAGCGCUCGUCCAGCUCCUGACUUUGUUGGAAGCUUUGACUGAAGCAUGCUGGGAGCCAGUGCCACUAACCAGAGUGACAAGGUGGCUGUGUGCGCUCACCAUCAAGGACACCUCGUGAGUCAUGCAUCCCAUCCCCCUGACUCCCAAACCCAUCUCUUCUUACUCCUCUCACUCUUUACUAACAGUAGUUUGACUGGUGCUAAAGCCAAUGAUGUAAUGGAACGAUAAUAAACGGCCGUCUGAUGUACA